AUGGAGUUUGAUUAUUUAUUCACAGUGUCAGACAGCACUGUUCCAGGCAGUGUAAUAUUCCCACUGUCUUGUGUUGCCUUUCUUCCCAUCCCCCUGGCAAAUGUCACAUGUACAGACCCCAAAACCAACAACACUACACUGACCCAAGAACUUCAUGACAGAUUGGAUCGGUUCCUUCAGGUUCAUAGGAAAUGCUACUCCCUCUGCUUGGCACCACUGCACGGCAGUCCAGAGAAACAUGCCUUUGCUCUGAUACAGAAAGAGUACUUAGACAGUCGCUUGGAGAUGUUAAAAGUUCACAACAAUGCAGAGGCUGUGAAAUGUAUGGUUACAAUUGCAAAGUCCUUGUGCAAGCCAACAGGAGACCUACUGUCAGAGCGCCUUAAUGCUGUAAUAAACGACCAGUUGGGGGUAAGCCACAUUACCACUGCCCUGAGACAGCUUGGACUCAACGUACAUGAAUGUCAGGUGGUUGAGGACCGACUGGGAAACAUGAAGCGUGUUGCCAUGGCGACCAGGGAUGAGCUAUUGGACUGCAGCCUUGACUCAACAACUGUUGACCGUCUAUACACGUUUUUUCACUGAUAAAAUAUUACCAGCAAAAAGGUAAUUGAGUCUUGAGAGUAUGUAAAACAUUGCAAAGAGUCUUCCAUUGUUCAUGGGACUUACAC